ACUCGAUACGUUGAGGUCCAAUCUUCAACCCGUGAAGGGAUUUUUGGUGUUUGGCUCGAGCGCGCAAAAAUCGCGGAGUAAAUUCGGUUUGCCGCGGUAAACUGUGUGAAACAUUGUCGAAAGAGACUCGAGUGUUUAUCUGAAUAUCGACCGGCGAAGAGUAGCUUAUAAAAAAGACCAGACAAAAUGUCGGACCGUAAGGCUGUGAUCAAAAAUGCUGACAUGUCCGAGGAGAUGCAGCAGGACGCCGUAGACUGCGCUACUCAGGCUCUUGAAAAAUUCAACAUCGAAAAGGACAUUGCAGCCUUCAUAAAGAAGGAGUUUGACAAGAAAUACAACCCGACGUGGCAUUGCAUCGUUGGGCGUAACUUUGGUAGCUAUGUGACGCAUGAAACAAGACAUUUCAUCUAUUUUUACUUGGGCCAGGUAGCCAUUCUCCUUUUUAAAAGCGGAUAAGCUGGAUUCUAUCCUCUAUACUACCCCCUUCCCAAUUAAAUCGCCAUGUCACCUGAAAAAAUUAUAUUGUAUAACUUAUACAAAUACGAUAAGAACUCAUUUUAAAAUGAAAGAGAGAACUGAGUCCUGAGGAAUGAUGAUGAUUAAAGAAUAAUACACGAUGUAACAAUUUCGUAAGCCAAUCAAAGAGUUGGAUGGACUUGGAAUAACAAAAGAAAAGAAAAAUCGAAAUCAAUCUGUGUAGAGAAUCUAAGGGGACGCAUAAAAAAAAACUGACAUACUACCUUACAUGUUGAAAUGUAUUGCGUAUGCCAAAAAAAAACUUUGUUGUGUUCUUGUUUCUAUUAGGUAUAUAUACGUAAAAUCGGAUUUUGCUCUUGAUCAUCUACAGUUGUACGGGAUCCCUGUAUUAUGGUACUUUUAGCCUGGUACGACAUUAUUGUUCAGGACCACAAUUAUUCAAGGUGUUUGCUAGUCUUUUCAUACCAUAUAGCCAGAAAAUAGGUUCCCAGCAACCGAUGAUUAUCACUGGCAAAAAUCGAUUAAGAUAAUUAUUAGAAUUUUCAAUAAUAUUAAUAAUAAUAUUAUAAUAAUAAAUUCGAUAUCGUCCUUAUUCCACCCAUGCUACCUUUCCCCUAUCCGAACCUCUACACAAUAUACACACUAAAAGAAUAGUUGGAUAUAUUUUUUUUUUUUUUCAAUUUGUUGAUUGACAUUUUGUUGAGAUUGAAGAUGAAGAACAUUAAAAGUUUACCAUGCCGAUGAGAGAACUAGAUUUUCUUUUUAUAUAAUAUUAUUAUUAUAUACAUACAUUAAAAAAAUAAAUAUUCUAUAACUACGUAAUAAUUGAAUAUCGAUUUUUCAUGGAGAAAUAACAUUUACUUAAUACUUAACUAUUAGAAACAUUCGUGUUGCUAUUGUUGUAUUUUGUAACUGACACUGGAUUUCUGCUGGCGUUUUUCAUUAGGGCGAUGCAUACUUAAUAUCAAUGGUAUGUUCGGGCUCCAGAUUUGCUGCUUCCAAGGCAAAAGGUCUUGAUCUGUUUGUCUGUUUGUUUCAUCGUCAUUAACUGAUCAUUCAAUACUCGAUAUGCUAAUUAUACAUACCACAUAAUAAAUAGAUUAUAAAUACAUGCUAUUUAUACAUAUAGUGCAAUCCACAGAAAUGCGAUAUUCUAUUCAGAAAUGAUAUGGUUUCCCGAUCGCUGAAAGUAAAUUAUAAUUGUUAUUGUAAGUGGACAAAUUUUCGUGAAAUUUUCAGAUAAUGAGGGAAACGGAUACUUAAUUGACCUACUUAUAGAGUACAUAAUGCCUGCGCGGACACAUUUAGCAAAUAUUUUCACAACAUUGAUAGCGUUGUAGCUGGACUCCAAGAUUGCCAGAACAUUAAGGCACAAGUCCGGUACUAGGAGAGAAUUGUAUGUCUUGAGUGUUUAGAAAGCAUAAUCUCACGAUUUAUUGGAAGUAAGCACUUGGUACAUUAUUAUUGCUUAAUAGUUGAUUAAAUCAUCAAGUUAUUCAAAUCGCAAGUCUUGCAAGUCUGGACCAUUGUUGGAAUCUGUGUCAUUCACUUAUUCAUUACAUUUAAUAUAAAUUAAUAAUAAAGUAUAAUUGUUUUUUUGAAAGAUA